AUGACCGACUUCUUAGAGCUGCCUACUACUUUCGGGUUGUCUCGGAGCAGCCGGAACGAGGAGCGUAGCAAGUUGAAGCACAAGCUGCCGAAAUGGCUGCUUCUGUACGUGGUCACACCAGAGGCUGACGGCCACGAUGCAGAAGUGCGUUUGGCUUGCAGAGCCACACGGGUCGUGGAGCACGUUGGCACAAUGAAGCCAACGGAUGCCCAGGAAUGCCAGAUUUGGUUUAACAAGGGCGUGAAACCGACACAACGAAAGGGUGAGGUCUCGAAAACACAAAGCAUGUCUUUUUGUGCCUGGAAGUUUGACAAAGUCUUCAGGUUCCGGGAGCCUGUGUGUGUAGAACGAUCACAAAUUGCUGGGAGACAACUGCAAAAAGUCAGCAACGUCAGUGCGGAUGUUUGGCAUCUGUGCUGGGCUUCGAAGGGCUGCCAACUGAUGCCAUCUCUUCCCGAAGAGAAACGGUUUUCAGACUUGUCUCCGGCGAAAGGGUGGCUUGUGCAAGUUCCAGGGGCUAUGGCGUUGCUUGGCAGUGAGACCAUGCCCUCCGAGCCAAUCUUGUGGACCCCAGCAUCUGUGGCAGCCAGCCUGCAUGUCACUGUUGAGAAGGAGUCACCUUCUCUUGUUGAGGCAGCAGAAGCUGAGGCCGAAGCUGGAGCAGCUCUAGCAGGGCGGGUUGCGGGCAUGAGGCUGCAACCGAUACAGGAAAUCCACACCAUCCGAUUGACUUUUGCGCUUCAGAAUAGCUCAGAUCUUCCUGUAGUUGUGAACUCAGUGAUUCGGUUUUUAGGCCCCUUCAUAGGGGACCCGGAUCCGACAAAGCUAGCAGCAGCGAUGGCCUCUAUUCCCGGGCGUUACAUGCUUCGCUCCGGGAUGCUUAAACUAGAUAUGCUGCACAUGCGCUUCAGGCGAAGCGUCAUGCAACAAGGCCUCGCUCAGCAGAUGCGCAUAGCCCGAUACCUCAGCAUGGAUGCUUCACCUCAAGGCGGGUAUGAGUACUUGUGUAUGACGGAGGAGGUAAUGGAACGUAGUCAACCCGUCGUCCUCCCCGAGUGUCCAUUCAGCGGCUUCACCUACACACAGAGAACAAUGCCCAUCAUGACAUUAGCGAGGGGAGAGACUAGGACAUUCGUCAAGGCACAGAGGCUGAAGCAUGCAAUCUGCUUGGAGAGUUCCUUGAAGCAUCUGGAUUUGUACAGGUCACAAGUGAAGGGGUGGGUGAGUGAUCAAGGAACAGAGAAAGCUGUGCCUCAGACAUUUCUCGGUGAUUCUGCCCAGUUGCAAGAUAUGACUUCCAGCUUGCAGGAUGGUAGCCCCACUUUGGAGGCGAUGCUGGCAUCCAGCAAGCAAUCGUUUCUCUGGAACAGUUAUUGCGGCACCCCGGGUAUCUGCACAUCAUGUUCAAUGCCCUGGAAGAAACUUGCAAAGGCUACUCAGCAAGAGAAGCAGACAGUGCAAGGCUACCACGGCGAACUCCUAUCAUGGAGAUGGGAGAGCUUGCAUCAUACGUUGCGGCAUUAUGUGCACGUGCGACCGGUUCUGCAGAAGUACCUGAACCCCGAAAUGCUUUCUUCGGAGGCCGGUUUCAUAGACCACCUGAGUGCUUUUUUGUCGGAUCCAUGGCACCAGGGCUACGUAGAGUGGGCAUUGAUGUUUUCCGGGUUUGUGCAGACGUGGGCCCAUUGGCUUGAAGGUUGUUUCUGCCACGAGGAACAGCUUCAGCAAGCCAGGACUCGCAAGGCCCGGGACAAACUGAAGUGUCCAUGGAAGGGUCGCCGUACUUCCGUGCUCAUUGCUGGGUGCAAGGAUCGGAUGUUGCAAGCUUUGCAAAGUCACGGAAGUGCUCGCUUCAAAGAGGCCAUGCUCGAGUUGCCGCAGGAGGUUUCAGCCGCCAUGGUUCUGAUGAACUCCCAAGCUCGAGACAAGUGGUCAGCUGUGCUGUCACAGAAGACGUCUUACCUUGAUCAUGUGCCGCACAAGUUGGCCGGUGCUUUCGCUCACCUCGCCGAUCCUGGUCGCUACUCUUUGUCAGGAAGCAAGCGCAUUGUGCAGGAAUGCUUUGCAGAGUAUGUGACUUUGAAGUCCCAAGGGCGAACAACUGCUCUCCUUUCAGGGCUUUUUGAGCGAAGUGGCAUGGGCGAGACGGCGGACCAGCUGUGGGCAUAUGCCAACAGCCCAGACACCAAACAGCUGAGAGACUUCCCCUUGGCUUGGGUGGAGGUUCAGGAGAGGGCCUUUUGCACGAAUGUAGAGCGGAUGACGGAACGGCAACACGUCUUGGUUAAGAUAGCAGGCCACAGGACUUUGAGGUUCGCAGGCCCUGCCAUGACCUGUGUGCGUGCCCGGCGAGAUCAGCUGCAGCAAAUGAUCGACGACCCCCAAAUGUGUGCGUUCUUGGUUUCGAACUGGCGACGUCGUACCAUUUUCAGAGAACUGCUUGAACACGUGAUGAGUGCCAAGGAUUGCAAUAAAUCCAGCUUUGCUCAUCGUGUGAGCCGUAUCUACGGCUACCACGAAAAAGACCAUUUCCUUGAUGAAAUGGAAGAGGAAGAGAAGUCUGGGUUGGCCCUGGGGAAUGCCGUGGCGGGGGCAUUGAGAGACGUGGGUUCUGUGAGACCUCACUUGGAGAAGCAACAGUGGAUGAUGGUUGAUUUCAUCAAGAGCCAACUCCCCACUGGCACCGUUUUCUCUCUUCCUGAGUUCCUGUUGGGGAGUCUGCUCGGCGAACCGCUGCCGGAGUCUCAGGAACAACACGGUCCUCUGGACUUGGAGGGCUUUGCCGAUUCAUUGUUGCCAGGGGACAUUCCAGAGCUUGUUGCUAGAGAACAUGUCUUUUGCUCUGUGCUGGAUGCUUGGCCAGAGCGACGGACCGAGGUGCAGACUCUGAGAGCCAUUGGUAACGACCGCAAGGGGCACAUGAACGUCGUUCAUUUUUUGAAUGUGAAUCUUAGCAAUGCUUCACAGCCUGUGGUGUCCUAUAAAAAUGUGCAACAUCGAACCCUGGAUUUCAGUCAUGUUGCGACACUGCCCUUUCUGAAGCUCUUCUCGUCAUUGUGCCACGUUUGGGGUCCUCGCUGCAAGUCCUUCAAGGUGGAGGUGCUGCCACUGAAGGACCAGGCAGCAAGGAUGUCGUCUGAACUGCCUGUGACCUUGCCGCAAUUCACGACCGACGACGACAUGCUGGCCGAUCUAGCCGGGCAAGCAAUCGAAGACCAGGAGUUGCGUCUCCGUGAGCCAGGCGAUGGCCCAGACGUGGGAGCUGGGCUGUCCACUGCCCAGGAGGAGAGCAUGCUGAACCAGUUGUUGAAACACAGGGCUAUAGGGGAUAAGUUCGUCGAGUCUUCUACCUUGAAAGAGUACCACGGCCGAGCUGUUCAGAGCUUGGUUGAGAAGGGAGUAGUGCAGGUUCGGUGGGAUGAUUUCGGCGAGUCAUCUCUGGCUAUGAGCAGCGAUAUGAACUUGUCGACGUUGCUGCUCUUGACAGAGCCUGAAGUUUUCGCUGUUCACAAGCAAGACCUGAGCAACCCUGCAGGCCGUAACAAGGUCGGAUGGUUGAGAGGACUCCUGGUCAAAUCUUGGAAGCCUAGGGGCAAAGACAAAGAUCCAGAGUGGAGAGUCAAGGGCAGCCGGAAGCUGCUGCCUGCCAACCUUCUGGAUUCCUGUGAGCUUCACCUUGUUUGUUUGGCACUGGAAGACAGCAUUUGGCAGAAGCCUGGCGAUCUGCGAAGGAUCUGUCAUGGCGGCAGUGCUGACUACUACCAGAUGCCACGAAAAGCACCGGACUUGACAGGUGUCCAGGAAUGGACAGUGCAGCAGUGCCGUGAGUUUCGGGACAAGAAACGAAAGGCAACACGUACUGCUCCACGUCAUACUGGCAGCGGGGCGAAAGCAAGCACCCAAGAGCCAUUGCGACUCGCUCUGGAGCUUCCCGUUGAGCCUCGUGUGAAAUGCCGGGUGGCGGGGCUCGAAGAUCUCGUCAUCUAUUUUGACAAUUUCACACACCAGAGCGGCCACCGUCGUGCUUUUUGCCAGUGUUUGCAACAUGCCGAUUGCAGACGAUACACCUUUGUGAAAAAUCACAGGGACCAGGAUGAGGCAGUUGCGUGGCUGUUAGCAUGGGCUUCCUCUGGGCCCCGUUUCGAUGAUGCAGAAGAGCACGUGAAACACAACCCCAGUGACACUGCUGUGCAAUCCAUGGAGGAAAGGCAGCGGCAGGUGGGCUUGGUUCUCCAAGUGUAUAAGAUGUUCAAGUGGGGCGAGGUUGGUGCAGGCCGUGCAAUCGGCGCUGAGCUGGCCUGGGAGUGCCUGGCAGCGGGCGGGCUUGUUACCGUGCAGUCGGCGCUGAGCUGGCCUGGGAGUGCCCAGCAGGGCGCCCGGGCAGCUCGGCGUGCAGGCGGCGGUGGGGCCCGUGCUCGUUGGUGCGAGGACUCAGAAGUGAGAAGAGCAAAGCACACCGUGCAGUCGGCGCUGAGCUGGCCUGGGAGUGCCCGUCAGGGCGCCCGGGCAGCUUGGCGGCGGUGGAGGUGGAGCCGGUGCCAGCACACCGUGCAGUCGGCGCUGAGCUGGCCUGGGAGUGCCGUCAGGGCGCCCGGGCAGCUUGGCGUGCAGGCGGCGGUGGGGCCCGUGCCUAACAGGCUGGUGGCCAGCGAGCAGAGGAUGCCGGCGCCACGUACAGAGUCCCGAGCACCACCACCGCCGCCGGCACCACCGCACGUUCCCGCGAGGAAGGUGCCGGAAAAGCGGAUCCUGAGCUCGGAGUGCUACAGCAGCAGCUACGAGAGCGAGCCCGAAGCACCCAAGAAAAGUGCUGUUGUUGUUGAAGUGGCGGAGGACUCCACGGCAGUGUCUGUGGAGACAGUGGCAAAUCCGGAGCCAAGGGAGAGGGACCCAGAGGCGUCGGAUAGUGAGAAGGGUGUUGGCCACAAAAUCCCUGUUCAAAGCAACUGA